AUGGCGCGAGACAAGCCCAUGGACAUGGGGAAGCAGCAGCUGAAGUGGGAGAAGAAGAAGGAGAAGAUGGAGAAGCGGGACAAGACAGAACGGGGCGCGAUGAGGAAGACGGAGAAGGACUUGAAGAAGCACCAAAAGGAGGAACUGCGCGAGCACAAGGACGAAAAGGUAAGAGGAACCGACCCGAAGGUGCAUUUUGCCCGAGCAGUCUUCACCGUGCUGUAUAUAGCCUCUGUGGUGAUGGGCUUCAAGCGCUGGGCAGAGGGUGAGGCCUCCGCCUUGUUCUCGUGGAUUGCGGGCUUCUCUGUCCUAACAUUCGUGUGGGUCUUGCUGCUCAGCGCAGCCGAAGCAUGGCAGGCUCGCCUAGAGAAGGUGGCCGCUCAGAAGGAUGCGGCUGACGCGAUUAAAGAUACGCUCGAAAGGAAGCACCAGGAGAAAGAGCGUGAGGCGCUCAGCCGCCAGCGACGGCAGCUGCUGCAACGUGAGGCACGAGAGCGGCAACAGCGCCGUGACGAGGAGGAGGCUUGUGCCUUGAACGCUGCGCGGGAGCUCGCCCGCAGCCUCCGGCGCCAGCGUGAGGAGCGCGAGGCGGCGGAGCGCAAAGCAGCGCAGGCACUGGCGACCAAGCAGGAAGGCGCUCGCGACGAGCACGGCUGGACGCAGGUAGAGUACCAAGCUCUCAAGGAGGCCGUGCGGCAGUACCCAGAGUCCUGGAGCCACUCGCGCAAACAGAGGUGGGACAUGAUUGCGUCUGAGGUUGGCCACCACAAUGCCAGGGCUUGUGAGGCCUGCUUCGGACGCCUGGAAGCCCGAAGACUCGCUGGGGCGGAAUCCAAGGGAUGCAAAGACGUCAAGGAUUCCGCCGCGAAAGGUCUUGCAGAUGACCUCGACUGGCUGGAGGACUCUGGCGCUGCAGCUGGUGCAGACUGGUUUCCGACUGAGGAGGACGAUGAUGAGGAGGACGAAGACGAGGAAGAGGAGGUCCACCGAGAGCGCAUGCCUAUCGAGCUGGAGCCAGAUCACAAGGGCACGGAGAUACGCCUCGAAGGAAUCAAGACCAUGCAAGGCUGUGCCACAGUGCAACUGGAGCUGCUCCACGUGCAGCUGGCCUGCGCCGACUGCCGGACCGCUGCGCAGGUCUACCUCUCCGGGGCUGACGAAGAUGCCGUGGACGCGAAGCUUUGGUGUGAGGGUUGCUCGGGGCUCAUUGCGGCUCGCCUGCGGCCCACGCUCUUGCACGCCGCCAGCUCACGGCUUUGCUACGUGGACUGCGUCCGCUGCCGAGUGACGGAUGUGCUGCCAUCAGUUCUGAUGAGUAUCUGCGAAAGCUGCCAUGCGGAAAACGUGCACAAGAACGAGUUUGUGCGCAAUCGGGGCAUCGACGGCACCUGUUUCGAGUGCCACGCCAAGUAUGCCUUCCGCGCGGAGUCCAUUCGCAUAGAUGAGAUCACUCCUUGCGAUCCUGGUGGCAAAAGUACCGGCACCAAGAAGUCCAUUGAUGAUCCGAUGGACGAGCUUGCAGAGGAGUUGAGGUACCUCCGCAAGAAGGCCAAGUCUGACCCGCGGCAGCAGCUGAUCAAGCUUGGCAGCCCGCUUCCGCAGAUGGGGGCGUGCAGGCACUUCAAGAAGUCCUACAAGUGGUACCGCUUCGCUUGCUGUGGGCGCGCCUUCCCGUGCCCACAAUGCCAUGCAGACUCGGGAUGUCCAGCGGCGGGUCUGGGCGCCCAAGCGAGCCGUAUGAUAUGCGGCAAAUGCUCUAUGGAACAAAGCUACUCGCCUGCUCGCCCCUGCGAAAAGUGCGGCUUCGCAAUGGUGGCAAAGGGCAGCGCCCACUGGGACGAUGGAAGCGGUACACGGAGCAUCACUGCCAUGUCGACCAAAGACUCCAAGAAGUUCAAGGGAGGAGUGCGGCAGGCAAACUCCAAGAGCAAAACGUCUUCGUCCAAGGCAGAGAGAGUUGGAGUCAAGGCUAAAGCGAAGCGUGAUCACGACAAGAAGUUUGGCCGGGACGCCUGA